UGGUGAUGCGUGACGGAAAGCGUCGGGAGCAGCAGCAUCCGCCAUCCAUGAUUGUUUACAAUAUUUUUUUCGUGUCUAAAAAUCGUCGUCCGCUGGUCGGACAAGUUUACAAGGAUUAAAGGAAACUUUCUUCUACUUUACAUAUUUUUAAUGAUCGUAUAACACAAUUUUUUUUUAAUUAUUAUAACAUAUUAUUAUUGCAUCGACAUACUUAAUUUACAACUGUUCUCUAUAUCGUACUUAUUAUUUUUUUCGUCAUUAUUGUUCAUUAUUAAUAUUAUUAUAAUUAUUUAGUAAUAGAAUUUAUUAUUAUCUUUAUUAGCACAAUUUUUCCUUUCUUUUAAAAGCUUUUUAUUCUAAUUUUUAAUACUUUUCGUAUCGGUGUAAAUAUUUGUGUUUGUGUCCCGUAUUUUUGGUUUGUGCUCUUUAUCGUCUCGUUUUAAAACAAAAUCGUUCAAAAUGUUCAAACUGGAUUCAGUUCAGAUGCCUCAACAACUCAGCCAGGCCGCGCACGAUCGUGAGAAGGUAUUUCAAUGGAUUGUCGAACUCUGCAAUACUGAAACCAGAGAAAAUGCACUUUCAGAGCUCAGCUCAAGGCGUGAUAUUAUCCAUGAUCUUGGCCCAAUGAUUUGGCAUACAACAGGCACUAUAGCAGCAUUAUUGUUUGAAAUAGUGUCUACUUAUCAGUUUGUUAACCCUCCGACCAUGUCGCUUCAACAAGUGACACGCCUUUGCAAUGCUCUGGCACUCUUACAGUGUGUGGGUGCUCACCCUGAUACACGUUCUCAGUUCCUUAAGGCCCAGAUACCUCUUUAUAUGUAUCCAUUCCUACAUAAUGCCAACAAAUGUCGUAAUUUUGAACACCUAAGACUUACAAGUUUGGGUGUGAUUGGUGCUUUAGUGAAGACAGAAGAACAAGAAGUUAUUACUUUUCUUCUAACAACUGAAAUUAUUCCGUUAUGUCUACGUAUUAUGGAAACUGGUUUUGAGUUAACUAAAACAUUAUCAACAUUUAUACUGCAAAAAAUACUUAUGGAUGACAAUGGUCUAAGUUACAUUUGUCAAACAUAUGAUCGGUUUUCUCAUGUUGCUCUCAUACUUGGGAAAAUGGUCUUGGCACUUGAAAGAGAACCGUCUACUAGACUACUGAGACAUGUUGUGGGAUGUUAUGUUCGUUUAUCAGAGAACUCAAGAGCACGUGAAGCACUUCGGCAAUGUUUACCUGAUCAAUUAAAAGAUAUGUCAACUUUCUCUGAUUGCCUCGCCAGAGACCAGACAAUCGCUGCUUGGUUAUUAUUGUUAAAAAAUAAUUUGGAGUCUGUUAUGCCUAUUGACGUAUCUCCUGGUGUUCCAUCUCUUGUCAAGCCAUAACAUAAUAGCAUUUAAAAUGUUUAUUAUUCAAACAAAAAUCACAUGUCUUUUGAUUAUCAUAUCAAUUUGAUAUUAGUUAGUAGCGAAUGACAAUGUACUUAUCUCUCGACUUUUAUGUGUUACUUGGGUGGGAAGGGAAUUAAAUAAUAAUAUAAUAAUAAAGUAACUUGAGUCUGA